AUGGACGCAUCAUCACCUGCAACAUCAAAAGUUUUACAUCAAACUCAAUUAAGAAAAUAUUUUGUUGCAGCUAAUGAUGGACACGAAUUAACAACUGUUGUUGAACCAAAUACAAAAACAUAUUUCAAUGCAACAGAAACAACAGGUAGUGGUAGUGACGAUGAAAAUAUUACACCAUCAUGGCAUAAUGAAACAACAAUGACAAUUUCUGGAACACCAGAAAAGGCAAAAAAACUACAACAACGAAAAGCUAAAUCUAUAAAAAAAACAUUAAUACAGGAAGAAGAACAAGAAGAAGAUGAUGAAGAAACAAAAGCUUAUAAACAACGACUUAGAAAUCAACCACGUAAAGUUUAUAAUGAUGACGAACCAAAACUCAAACAAACACUUAUUGUAAAUAAAGAUUUUUCUAAUAGAAUUUAG